AUGAAUGGUGUAUUUGCAAUUGAAAAGCCGUCUGGGAUUACAUCGUCUAAAUUCAUAGGUGAUAUUCAGGCUCUCUUCACGCAAUCAGAAAUUUUUAAAAACGAUCUAAACGAAGCGAAGACCAAAGCAGCCCAAGCUUUAGGAACUGAUAAAAAAUGGUCCAAAGAAAGAAUAAACAAACGAGUAAAGUCGUUGAAGGUCAAGAUUGGACAUGGGGGUACCUUAGAUCCAAUGGCAAGUGGUGUAUUGGUUGUUGGUGUUGGAUUAGGGACUAAAAAAUUACAAUAUUAUCUUAGCGAAUGCAAUAAAACUUACGAGACGAAGGCAUUAUUGGGUAUUUCGACAACUACUGGAGAUGCAGAAGGUGAGAUCAUUACCAAAAAUCAAGUAAGUCACAUAACUCAAGAAAUGAUAAAGGAAACUGCUCCAAAAUUUAUUGGUGAUCUUAAACAGACACCGCCUAUAUUUUCAGCAUUGAAAAUGAAUGGUAAGCCAUUAUAUGACUAUGCGAGGGAAGGAAUCCCAUUGCCAAUGCCUAUAAAGGUAAGGCAAGUCAAGGUCUUCGAUGUAAAAGUACAUGAUGAAGAUUCAUUACGCACCGACCAUGAGUUUCAGACAUUGAAAAGUGAAUUGGAUGAACAAGGUAAUCCAAAAGAGCAUGAGUUGUCAAACAAUCCUACUUUGAAUGAUUCACCUUUGUAUUUCUCGGAGCAAUACUUGUCAAAGGCGGAGACUGAGGGUUUGCCUAAGGAAGUUGGUAAACCAAGGUCGUUGGCUGAUGAUUCGCUUCCUGAAAAAUUACCAUUAAUUCAUUUGACUGCUGAUGUCUCCUCUGGUACAUACAUCAGAAGUUUAGUAAGUGAUUAUGGUAGGGCUUUAGAGUCUUCGGCAUAUAUGGUCGAAUUGAUACGAGUAAGACAAUCCGAAUGGCAGUUAGGAAAAAAUGUAUUUAAAAUAUCAGAUUUUGAAAAUAGAGAUGAAAGAAUUUGGGGACCUGUUUUAAAAAAGGUCUUGGAUAGCGAUCAUGAUAUCGAUGUUCUGAAAGAAUUGAAUGAUUUUUCUGAAAAAAUUGCUCCCUUGCUUGAGCGUGAACAAGAAGUUAUAGAAAAGUUUGGUGAUGCUAACAAGCAAGACAAAGAAGCGCAUGUUGCAGAUACUACAAGUAUAGCAAACACAAACACGACUGAGAGAGACGCAGAAAUUCCAAAGAAAAGAACAAUUGACGAAAUAGAAAAAUAA